UUCUGUGCCAAUUGUCUUCUUACAGCCAUGGUGAACGUUCCUAAAACCUGUCGGACUUUCUGCAAGAAGUGUGGCAAGCACCAACCCCACAGAGUGACACGGUACAAGAAAGGCAAAGAUUCUCUUUAUGCCCAGGGAAAGCGGUGUUAUGACAGGAAGCAGAGUGGCUAUGGUGGGCAAACUAAGCCAAUUUCCCAGAAAAAGGCUAAAACCACAAAGAAGAUUGUUCUGAGGCUUGAAUGUGUUGAGCCCAACUACAGAUCUAAGAGAAUGCUGGCCAUUAAGAGAUGCAAGCAUUUUGAACUGGGAGGAGUUAAGAAGAGAAAGGGCCAAGUAAUCCAGUUCUAAGCUUCAUAU